AUGGAAUCUGGGAGAAGGGGAUGGAAUCUAGGAGAAGGGGAUGGAAUCUGGGAGAAGGGGAUGGAAUCUGGAAGAAGGGGAUGGAAUCUGGGAGAAGGGGAUGAAUGUGGAGAAGGGGAUGGAAUCGGGGAGAAGGUGAUGGAAUCUGGGAGAAGGGAUGGAAUCUGGGAGAAGGGGAUGGAUUCUGGGAGAAGGGGAUGGAAUCAGGGAGAAGGGGAUGGAAUCAGGAAGAAGGGGAUAGAAUCUGGGAGAAGGGGAUGGAAUCUGGGAGAAGGGGAUGGAAUCUGGGAGAAGGGGUGGAAUCUGGUAGAAGGGGAUGAAAUCUGGGAGAAGGGGAUGAAUCUGGAGAAGGGGAUGGAAUCGGGGAGAAGGGGAUGGAAUCUGAGAGAAGGUGAUGGAAUCUGGGAGAAGGGGAUGGAAUCAUUGAGAAGGGGUGGAAUCUGGGAGAAGGGGAUAGAAUCUGGCAGAAGAGGAUGGAAUCUGGGAGAAGGGAUGGAAUCGGGGAGAAGGGGAUGGAAUCUGGGAGAAGGGGAUGGAAUCUGGGAGAAGGGGAUGGAAUCUGGGAGAAGGGGAUGGAAUCUGGGAGAAGGGGAUGGAAUAUGGGAGAAGGGGAUGGAAUCUGGGAGAAGGGGAUGGAAUCGGGGAGAAGGGGAUGGAAUGAGGGAGAAGGGGAUGGAAUCUGGGAGAAGGGGAUGGAAUCUGGGAGAAGGGGGUGGAAUCUGGGAGAAGGGGAUGGAAUCUGGGAGAAGGGGAUGGAAUCUGGGAGAAGGGGAUGGAAUCUGGGAGAAGGGGAUGGAAUCUGGGAGAAGUAGAUGGAAUCUAGCAGAAGAGGAUGGAAUCGGGAGAAGGGGAUGGAAUCUGGGAGAAGGGGAUGGAACCUGGAGAAGGGGGUGGAAUCUGGGAGAAGGGGAUGGAAUCUGGGAGAAGGGGAUGGAAUCUGGGAGAAGGGGAUGGAGCCUCGGAGAAGGGGAUGGAAUCUGCGAGAAGAGGAUGGAAUAUGGGAGAAGGGGAUGGGAUCUGAAAGAAGGGAUGGAACCUGGGAGAAGGAUUCCAUCCCCUUCUCCCUCAUUCCAUCCCCUUCUCGCCGAUUCCAUCCCCUUCUCCCAGAUUCCAUCCCCUUCUCCCAUAUUCCAUCCCCUUCUCCCUGAUUCCAUCCCUUCUCCAGAUUCCAUCCCCUUCUCCCAGAUUCCAUCCCCUUCUCCCAGAUUCCAUCCCCUUCUCCCAGAUUCCAUCCCUUCUUCCAGAUUCCAUACCCUUCCCCUAGAUUCCAUCCCCUUCUCCCAGAUUCCAUCCCCUUCUCCCUCAUUCCAUCCCCUUCUCCCAUAUUCCAUCCCUUCUCCCACAUUCCAUACCCUUCUCCCAGGUUCCAUCCCCUUCUUUCAGAUCCCAUCCCUUCUCCAUAUUCCAUCCUCUUCUCGCAGAUUCCAUCCCCUUCUCCGAGGCUCCAUCCCCUUCUCCCAGAUUCCAUCCCCUUCUCCCAGAUUCCAUCCCCUUCUCCCAGAUUCCACCCCCUUCUCCCAGAUUCCAUCCCCUUCUCCCAGAUUCCACCCCCUUCUCCCAGAUUCCAUCCCCUUCUCCCAGAUUCCAUCCCCUUCUCCCUCAUUCCAUCCCCUUCUCCCCGAUUCCAUCCCCUUCUCCCAGAUUCCAUCCCCUUCUCCAUAUUCCAUCCCUUCUCCCAGAUUCCAUCCCCUUCUCCCAGAUUCCAUCCCCUUCUCCCAGAUUCCAUCCCUUCUCCCAGAUUCCAUCCCCUUCUCCCCGAUUCCAUCCCUUCUCCCAGAUUCCAUCCUCUUCUGCCAGAUUCUAUCCCCUUCUCCCAGAUUCCACCCCCUUCUCAAUGAUUCCAUCCCCUUCUCCCAGAUUCCAUCACCUUCUCUCAGAUUCCAUCCCCUUCUCCCCGAUUCCAUCCCCUUCUCCCAGAUUCCAUCCCCUUCUCCCAGAUUUCAUCCCCUUCUACCAGAUUCCACCCCCUUCUCCCAGAUUCCAUCCCCUUCUCCCAGAUUCCAUCCCCUUCUCCCAGAUUCUAUCCCCUUCUUCCUGAUUCCAUCCCCUUCUCCUGAUUCCAUCCCCUUCUCCCAGAAUCCAUCCCCUUCUCCCAGAUUCCAUCCCCUUCUCCCAGAUUCCAUCACCUUCUCCCCGAUUCCAUCCCCUUCUCCCACAUUCCAUCCCCUUCUCCCAGAUUCCAUCCCCUUCUUCCAGAUUCCAUCCCCUUCUCCCAGAUUCCAUCCCCUUCUCCUAGAUUCCAUCCCCUUCUCCCAGAUUCCAUCCCCUUCUCCCAG